AUGAUCGAUGUUGUCCUACGCGUCCUCGGCUCGGCAGGAGAUUGCGACGAUACCGAGUUCAUCCAUCACAGCGGCCUGCUCUAUAUUAGUCGCUUUGUUCCCAAGCAGGAUCUCAACACACUCUUCCGCCGCCGCUUAGACUCGGAUGAGCCUCUGGCCCUCGAGCGCUUGGACAAGGCUGGAGCUGCAAGGCUGGCAAUUGGCCAGACUGGAGUGACCGACACCCUCUACUUCCAGCAGAUAGACCCACUGGGCCCAGAACCCCCGGCUGGAUACGUCGACAUCUCGUUACGCUCUGUCAGUCUCAACGCGAAGGACAUGUACACCAUGACUGGCCGUGUGGAGACCCACGAAGCUACUACAGCAUUGGAUAUUGGCGGCGUUGUAGUAGCAGUGGGUCGGGACAUCAAGCAUUUGCGACCUGGCGAUCGCGUCGCAUCUUUUGCUCCCAACCAUUUCCGCACUGCAGAACGGGUUCCUGUUGGUGUCGUGAACCUUUUACGGCCUGAAGAGAGCAUGACUGAGGUACCGGCUCUACUGUGUGUCCACGGCACCGCCCUCCACGCCUUGCGAAACUGUGCACGACUGCGCGCUGGCGAGUCGGUGUUGAUCCACGCUGGAGCUGGAGGCUUUGGACUCGCAGCAAUUGCACUGGCUCGCCGGGUGGGAGCAGAGAUCUACACCACCGUCAGCUCCCAGACCAAGAGGAACCACCUGGUUCAGGAGCUUGGGUUCCCAGCAGCAAAUAUCUUCCACUCGCGCAGCGCAUCUUUUGCGGCCGAUGUUCUCAACGCCACCAACGGACGGGGUGUCGAUGUGAUUGUCAAUUCACUGGUAGGCGACCUGCUGCACGCGAGCUGGGGCAGCCUUGCUCCGUUUGGGCGUUUUGUAGAGAUUGGAAAGCGAGACCUGGUUGAUGCAGGAAGGCUGGACAUGAGCCAAUUUGCCAAAAACGCCCAGUUUAUUAAUUUCGAUCUAUCGGAGCUCUUCUUCGCAGACGACAAGUACUACCGCCACUUGCUCAACAGUAUCAUGGCCGAGGUUCUCGACGACUACCGCGCCGGACUAAUCGAUCCUGGCCCGGCCAAGGCGUUUGACGUGUCCGAGAUAGCUCAAGCAUACCGCUACUUUACCUCAAAGGACCGCAUGGGGAAGACGACCUUUAGCCCAGACAAGAUCUACCUCUUGGUUGGAUGCCUUGGUGGGCGUGGACGAAGUUUGAGCCGAUGGAUGAUGGCCCGUGGUGCUCGACGAUUUGUUUUCUUGGGCCGAUCAGGAUGCGACAAGCCGAGCGCUGCAGAACUGAUGAAGCGACUCCGCGAGUCUGGAGCGGGGGUCAAGGUGGUCCGAGGAGACGUUAGCAGUGCAGCAGAUGUCAACAAAGCCGUCCAGACAUGUGUCGAGGCGGGUUAUCCAGUUGGUGGCGUAGUGCAGGCUGCUAUGGGUAUCGACCCCAAGUGGAAGGGGACGUGGAACAUCCACCACGCACUACAAGGCCACGAAGAUGCACUUGACUUCUUCCUGCUCACCUCGUCAGUCUCGGGCAGCGUGGGUACGGCAACCGAGUCCAACUAUUGCGCUGCCAACUGUUUCUUGGAUGAAUUCGCUCGCUGGAGGCGCGCACAGGGAAAGCCUGCUGUAUCUGUGGGACUGGGUAUGAUUUCGGAAGUUGGAUAUCUGCACGAGAAUCCGGAUAUUGAGGCCUUGUUACUGAGAAAGGGGAUUGCACCGUUGAACGAACAAGAGUUUCUGCAGGUUAUUGGCUUUGCGCUGGCCGGAAGCGGCCAAGUUCAUAUCCUGACUGGACUUGAGGGAACGAGCGUCCGCAACCUGAUGGCUCAGGGCUUUGAUGUGCAAUCCGGCACCCUGCAAGAUCCUCUUACGGCGUUGCUGUUGGCGUCGCUGCAGGCUGAGCAGGAUCUGAACAAGGAGGAGACAGUAGUGCCAUUAACGCCAAUGUUGGUUCAGCAGCAGCAGCAGCAGCAGCUUGGUUUAUAG